AUGUCUGCUAAGCUUGUUGCUGUCAUUGGUGCGACUGGCACGCAAGGUGGAUCCGUCGUUGGUGCUCUUCUAGCUCAUGGCGGCUACUCCGUCCGUGCUAUCACGCGCGAUACGAACUCGGCAAAAGCACAGGCUCUCAAGUCCAAAGGAGUCCAGGUCGUCUUCGGAUCCUUAACCGACGAAGCUAGUGUGGUCAAGGCAUUCGAGGGCGUGUAUGCCGUGUUUGGAAUAACGGUUCCGUUUACCAACGACAGCGAGGAGUUGCAGGGUCGCAACAUCGUGGACGCAGCGAAGGAGGCCAAAGUUCCGCUUCUGGUUUGCCUCUUCGAUCAAAAAAGUGAAGUCGACAAGUACGCCCGAUCCUCUGGGCAACCUACUGUGAUCAUUCACACGGGCGUGUUCAUGGAAAACCUGAUCAAAGGACACCUGCAAAGAGAUGCAUCCGAUCCUAACAGGUGGAAUCUCGCAUAUCCUGUGCUCCGUCCGGAUGUUCCUCUCCCCCUCCUGUGUGUGGGGGGCGAUUUGGGUCGGAUUGUUGUGUCGAUUAUCGACCACUGGGAGGAUGACACGUGGAAGGCGAAGUUGACCAAGGACGUCCUCGUUGCAGCGCCGCACCUGGCCUCGGUCAACGAUAUGAUCAGUACCCUUAAGAAACCCGUGUACGGACUGGUCAACGACGGUUACUUGCAAUAUCCACAACAGACCAUCCUCGAAGAACUGGGCAUCAAGACAACCUCAUUCGAGACCUACGCGCAGGAGAAAGUCUUGCCAUACCUGCAGUCCAAUCAGUAG